AUGUGGAUGGGAUGCAUAAAUAUUAAUAAUAGAGCAAUCAAAAUAGGAUUUUAAAUGGAUUAUAAUCUUAAAGAUAAAGGCUUAACAAUCAGGUUUUUCACUUUUUAAUCAUAUAGGAUUGAAUAAAUGCAUAAUUAUGAAAUGAAUAAUACUAAUAAAUAGUUUAAAAGACAAAAGAUAUUUAAGGGUGGAGGAAAAGAUUAAAUUUUAUUUCCUUAAUAGCAUAUAAAAUCAAAAAUGCCUGCUUGUAAAUAAGAACGGCAAGAAAAAUUUUUAUUAAGAAAUUGUAGUAAUUAUUAGAAAAAAAUGAAAAAGAAUUGGAAUUGUAUAAAUCAGGUAAGAAGAGUGCCAAAACAUCUUUCUCUAAGAAGAAUAAUUAAAUGAAAUAUUAAAUGGUGUAUAUCCAAAAAACAAAGAAAAUAUACCUGAAAUUUAAGAGCCAUUGUUACUAUCAUUUAUUAAAGAUCUAGAUCAAAAGAAUAAUGAAGCUAUUAAAAAUCUAUCAAAGAAUAAUAGUUUGAAUGGAGAUAUUGAAAAUGAGAAAAACACUCUAAUCUAAAAUUCAUGA